AUGAAAUACAUUUAAAUGGCUGACAUUUUUGGAGUCCCCUAUAAACAAUAAAUCACCUUAAAAGAAAAAGUUUAAAAAUCUAUUCUUGGAGGAAUAAGUUCAAUAAUCUUAAUCUUGGUCGGUUUUGCUUAUUUGAUAUAUGUGAUGAACCAAUGGAUUAACAAUAAUAUUCUUCCAAAAUCUACCAGUACUAUGAAGGUGGAUAAUUAUUCUGAAAUUCUAUUUGAUAAUGAAUAACUUUUCGAAUUUUGUUAUUGGAAAUAUGAUCAAUCUUAGGUAGAUCCUUUUAGAAUGAAACGUAAUAUCUUAACUCCGAUUGGAAUCUAUUUUAUAGGUGGAAUUCCCUAAAAACCUUUUUCUUUGUUAUAAGAAAAUUAAAAACAAUCAGCUUACAAUACCACUCUGAUGAGUGUAGAUAAUUUAUAAUUAAUUUAAAAUAGUAAUUUCAAUAAAGAAUUGAAUGCUACAAAGGAACUAAUGAUUUUGAUUGCAUCAUGUAAUGAAACUUUGUUGAAUGUAGGUUAUGAAUGUGCAUCAAAGGAAGAGAUUGAAGAUUUUUUUAAAUCUUCGGUUAAUUAUAUAAGUUUUCGUUUGAAUUUAAAAUAAUAUGAUCCAUAUAAUCAAUAAUUUGAAAUAGUGAAAAAGGAAUAUUACUUGUCGUUUGAUUAUGAGAUAGCUCAAUAAGGUUAAUUGAUAUUAACAUAAACAAAAGCAACAAUUGACACUGGAAUAAUAUUUGGAAAAUUUGAUUCUAAGAGUUAUGUAUACAAUGCAUAACAAGUAACAAGUUCAACAUCUAAAAAUUUUUGGUAAACUCUAUUAGUUUAAGAAUCAUAUUUAAAUUUGUUUAUCCGUUUAGAUCCAAUGUCAUAUGAUACAUAAAUAGUGUAUCCAAAAUUAGGUGAAAUAUUAGCUUAGGUUGGAUCUAUAAUAAAUAUGUUAAUGAUUAUUUAAUAUGCAAUUUAUCAUUACAAUGAACGUAUCUUGGAUUGUGAUUUUAUAGACAAAGUGUUAAAGUUUUAUUUUUAUGAUUAUGCUGAUUUAAAGAAAUCAAAGAAUAAAAUAGAUUAAGAAGCUUGUUAAGAAUUGAUUUAAUAGGCAAGAAAGAAGUUAGUUUAUACAAAUAUUAUUUAUGAAUUAUCAAGAAUCUAAUUAUUUUUAUUGAAUUAUUUUGGUAGAAAUCUUUUAGAAUAAACUCAUAAUCUUGGUUUAUCAGCUAAAGGAGAUAAUAAACCAAAUUGUGAAUUAUAUGAUAAAUUCAUUACAAUACCUAGGAAUGAUAAUUAAUAAUAAAAUAUUCAAUUCGAUAAAGCAGAUUUUAAUCUUUUAUGUAGAGCAAAAUCGAAGACUUUGAUAAUUGGUAAUAUUAAUAAUAAUAAUAAUAAUAUUAUUGGAGACUCUGGAAGAAUAUUUUCAGAAAUGAAAAGUUCUUCAUUAAAAUCAAUAUAAACAUGA